ACCACAAUUCGGUUUACAUUUUUCUCCAGAUCUCCCGUUACGAAAAUUCCAUUCCAUUAAUCACUCAGAGAUCUCUUUAAAAAUAAGAAUAAAAAUCAGAAAGUAAGAAAUUCGAAUCAAAAUCAUCUAGGAUUUAUAAAUUUUAAUUUCAAUUAUCAUCCAAAAUAUACACACACUAACAUAUAUAUUAUUAGAUAUAGAUACAUAUAAAAAUAGAUACAGAAAUUAGGAGAUAUGAAGUCAUCAUAUGUUCAAGGUGUUUCAACAUAUAGAGAUCGAACGAAUGAGUUUGCUAGCAUAGCUGAUACGCUACGGAAAUCAUCGUUAACGGCGAUUCCGAACAGCAACGGCGGCGGUGUUGUUAGGGCUUCUAAUGAAGGAUCUCGAUCCAAAGCUGCAUUUCAAGCGGAAUUCAAUAAACGAGCUGCUAAAGUUAGUUAUGGAAUUCAUCACACCUCUCAGAAGUUAGCCAAACUUGCUAAAUUGGCAAAAAGGACCUCUGUUUUUGACGAUCCAACGAUGGAGAUUCAAGAAUUGACAGCUGUCAUCAAGCAGGACAUUACUGCUCUUAAUGCAGCUGUGGUGGAUUUGCAGCUUGUUUGCAAUGCACAAAAUGAAAGUGAUAAUGUUUCAAGUGACACGACUACCCAUUCAACUACUGUUGUUGAUAAUCUGAAGAAUCGUCUGAUGGGGGCCACAAAGGAGUUCAAGGAAGUCCUUACUAUGAGGACAGAGAACUUGAAGGUUCAUGAAAAUAGAAGGCAGUUAUUUUCUGCCAGUAAUUCAACAGAGCCUACCAAUCCAUUUGCUCGACAACGUCCCUUAGCUAACAGAUCAACUGCUAACACUUCUACUUCACCUCCUCCUUGGGUUAACAACACCUCAACUUCAUCUCCACUAUUUCCCAGGAAGCAAGCAGAUGGAGAAUCUCAGCCAUUAUUACACCAGCAACAAAAUCAACAGCAACAACAGAUGGUCCCGCUACAAGAUAGUUACAUGCAAAGCCGAGCCGAAGCUCUUCACAAUGUUGAGUCAACCAUUCAUGAGUUGGGCACCAUUUUUACACAAUUGGCAACCAUGGUUUCUCAGCAAGGGGAGCUUGCAAUUAGGAUUGAUGAGAACAUGGAAGAUACACUAGCAAAUGUAGAAGGUGCACAAGGGCAACUAAUGAGGUACCUUAAUGGUAUAUCAUCCAACAGAUGGCUUAUGAUAAAAAUAUUCUUUGUAUUGAUUGUAUUCCUUAUGAUUUUCCUAUUCUUUGUCGCUUAACAAUAUAUCUUGUGAAUUUUGAUCCAAAAGAAUGUACUAGCCUUAUAAUCA